GUCUCUCUCUCUCUCUCUCAAAUCCAGUCUUUCUCUUUCUCCGGAAUUCUCUCUUUCUCUCUCUCCAAACACUAAGCCUGAUUUCUGUUGUGGCAGAUCACCUUAAUUCUUGUACUUGGAUAAUGCUAAUUUGCUUCAGAAGUUGUUUGAGAGGACCGGUUUCUUCUCUGUGUGUGACCUUUUGAAUUGGGGUCAUAGAAUAUACCAAGAUGGGGACAUUACAUCGCAGUGGAGUUCUAAAAAAAUCACAUGACAGUGCCAGGCUUAUCAUCACAACUAUUAUGGGAGUUGUCUUUGGAUAUUUUGUUGGUGUUUCAUUUCCAUCUGCUUCUCUCGCCAAGAUUAACUUAUCUUCAAGCCUUAUGUCCUCUCUUGAUGUAGCCACCUCUGAGCAUAAAUCUAGUAGAAGUAAAUCUUCUGAAACUCUUACACCGGGCACUGUUCCUAAGAUUUAUGUUCCAACAAAUCCUCGUGGUGCAGAGUCGUUACCUCCAGGAAUUGUUGUAUCAGAAUCUGAUUUUUAUUUGCGCAGAUUAUGGGGUCUGCCCAGUGAGGAUCUGAAGAAAAAGCCCAAGUACUUGGUGGUAUUUACAGUUGGUCUUGAUCAACGGAAAAAUAUUGAUGAAUCAGUUAAAAAGUUUUCUGAGGAUUUCCAAAUUUUGCUUUUUCACUAUGAUGGUCGAACAAGUGAAUGGGAUCAAUUUGAGUGGUCAAAAACUGCAAUUCAUGUUAGUGCAAGAAAACAAACAAAAUGGUGGUAUGCAAAAAGGUUCUUGCAUCCUGAUGUUGUUGCUGCUUAUGAAUAUAUUUUUAUAUGGGAUGAAGACCUAGAUGUAAAGCACUUCAAUGGAGAGAAGUAUAUUGAAUUAGUAAAGAAACACGGUUUGGAGAUCUCUCAACCUGGUCUGGAGCCCAAUAAUGGACUAACAUGGCAGAUGACAAAGAGGAGAGGUGACAGAGAAGUUCACAAAAUUACUGAAGAGAAACCUGGGUGGUGUAGUGACCCACAUUUACCUCCAUGUGCAGCAUUUGUGGAAAUUAUGGCCCCUGUCUUCUCUCGGGAAGCUUGGCGUUGUGUGUGGCAUAUGAUUCAGAAUGAUUUGGUGCAUGGAUGGGGAUUGGAUUUUGCACUUAGAAGAUGUGUAGAGCCUGCACAUGAGAAAAUCGGUGUGGUUGAUUCACAGUGGAUUAUUCAUAAAGUAGUACCUUCUCUUGGGAGCCAAGGCGAGUCUGCAGGUGGAAAGCCUCCAUGGCAUGGGGUGAGAGAGAGGUGCAGAAGUGAAUGGGCUCAAUUCCAGGCUCGGCUCACUAGUGCUGACCAGGCCUAUGUUGCACAACUCGAGAAAGGAUGACUUAGAUGCAUCUACUACCUCUCCUUCCCCUCUGCACUUGUUCUUUUUUCUCUUCAUCUUGAGGAGUGUUCUAGGGUCUGAUUCCUUGAAAUGAUGUUCUCUUUCCGUGACCAGAACUGUUUCUUCUGUAUUUUACAUACACACAAAUACACUUUUGAUAAGAGGAAAAUAUUACAUCUUUUUGUCUAUAAAUAUAUCUCAAGUUUGUGUUCAA